UACCUUCUCCUCGGCGGCUACGGCGAGACCGGGGCCCCCUUGACUGCGGCGGCGGCGGCGGCUGGCUAUUGGAGGCCCAGAGAGGCGAGCGGACGUAUUUCGAGUGAUGACGAUGAGAGUGAGGGGUUUGAGUGGCACUCACAAAGCACCUCUCCUAUCCCUUCUGAUCUUGAAAGCCCGACACCUUUCAAAGAGUUUCUCGGUGGCGGCGGCGCAGGAAUUCGGCUGGGGGACAACACUUUUGUGCUGCCUGUGCAGGCGUUGAAGGCCGAUGGGAAGAGGGUUUCGUUGGUUGUCCUCGCCAGAGGCACUUCCUACGGCUGGAAGUUCUCGGAGGGGACGAGUCACGACGGCUGCGUCCUUCCUGCCGUGCUUGAAUGGGGCGGGGCUGGUGGGCUCCUCAUGAUGGCGUCGUGCGCGGACGGCUCCCGCAGAGUGUACGAGUCGGCGUCUAAAGGGAGAGGUGGACGGAGGCGCUCGGCAGCCUCUCGCGCGUGUGGGGCAACUCACUGA